GUUCACUUUUGUAAUUUUUUUGGUGUGUGCUGUGCUGUGAGUGGGUGCGAGUGUGCGAGUGUGCUCGAACUAUCAUCCAUGUUCCCGCCCUGGCUUGUGCCCGUCCUGUCUGUCUUUGUCGGAUGUUGCGCCAAUGUCGUCUUCCUCGAGUACAUUGUCAGAGACGAUCCGGCUGCAGGCAACUUGAUUACAGUUGCCCAGUUUGCCUUUGUGGGUCUUGAAGGCCUGGUCUUCCAUGUGCGCAAGGGCCUGCUCGGCUCUCGAACAAUCCCACUUCGGCACUAUGCCCUCCUGGUCGCGCUCUUUUUCGCUACCAGCGUUGUCAACAAUCUCGUCUUUGGCUAUCGCGUUUCGCUCCCACUGCACUUGAUCUUCCGCUCGGGUUCGCUCGUCACGAACAUGCUUCUGGGUGCCAUGCUUCUUGGAAAGCGAUACUCGCUCGUCAAGAUCUUGUCCGUCGUGUGUGUAUCCUGCGGCAUUGCCAUGUGUACGAUCGCGUCGGCCAACGCAUCCAGUUCCGGCGCUCAGUCCGACGGAAGUGUGGAGGAUUUGGUGAUUGGUGUCACACUGCUCGUCGUUUCAUUGUUUGUGUCUUCCUUGCUCGGCAUCUACCAAGAGCUCUUGCACUCGUGGUAUGGCAAGUCCUGGCGGGAGAGUUUGUUCUACUCGCACUUUCUCGCCCUCCCAGGGUUUCUUGUCAUCCUGGGCAAUCUGAUCGACCACUGGUCGAUUUUCAACCAGUCUCCACGACUCUCCAUGUGGAUUCCGUUCCCAAGUGUGGCAGAGAGCUUGCUCUCAGGGUCUGACCUGGUGCAAAUGGCCUGCCUCGCUCCUGGACCGCUGUCAGCAACGGCUGGCACUUCAGAAACGUUGCGCGCCAUUUGGAAUGCUGCUCAGCCCGUCCUGGCACAGGCUCCCGGCUCGCUCGCUCUGUGCGAAGUAACUGUUCCCAUUCCGCGCCUAUGGGUAUUCCUGUUGUUGAACGUCGUGACACAAUACAUUUGUGUUCGCGGCGUCUUUGAAUUGACCAGCGUAACCAACUCGCUCGUUGUCACGCUGACAGUCACGUUGCGCAAGUUUGCAUCGCUUCUUCUGUCGAUCGUUUACUUUGGCAAUCCCUUCACGUCUUCCCAUUGGAUUGGUUCCGCCAUGCUUUUUGUUGGAACGCUGGUCUUCCUAGACCUCACGCCAUGGCAGCGUACCCAGUCACCUGCCACACCACCGUCGUCGUCGAGCGAUUCUCCAGCAAGCACGUCUUCGUCGACCAACAACUCCACUACAUCUGUUGCGCAAGCUCCCGAGAAGGUUCCCAUGCAGCGCCCUCAGCUGAGCACAUCGCCGCCAUCACAGGCCGCGCGCAUGACAGUGUUGGCCCUGUUCAGCGUGACCAUUUCGACCUUGGUGCUCAGCUUUGGGCACUCUGCCCCCAUGGCCAUGCUCGCCAACUUUUUGGUCAUGCAUUUGUUCAACUUGUUGACAAAGCGGAUGGAGAGUGUGCGCACCAAUGCGCAGCUCCCGUCGUUUGCCCUGAUCGCCGUUCGCGCGUUUGUGGGCUAUUUGUCGAAAACGCGCGCGAGCAGCAAGACAAUCAUUCCAGCCAUCCAAGUUCAAGGCACUCACCUUGCCGUCGAUCCUGACAUGCUUCGGCAGUACCGUGUCAUGUGCAAGUACACCACAGCCGCUUCUCAGCAGGCAGAGUCGCUCUGCUUCCUCGAGAUCAUGUCGUUGCCGCUGGCAGGCAUGCUGCUGACACAUCCCGACUACCCUAUCAACGCGUUCGGGCACAUUCACGUGCGAACCGACGUUGUGCAAACGAGGUCUCUUUCGUUCGACGACCGCUCGCUGCGCUUUGAUAUGCAGAUGUUUGUUGAUGGCUUCCGAUGGGUUGAAGGCCGAGGGUUGGAGAUUGAGACCAUCACUCUGGCCACGCUCUCAGGCAGCGAAGAUGUGGUCUGGAAGUGCGCCACCACGCUGCUGGUUGUGUCACGGUCGAAAAAGGCGCGCUCAUCCACUCCAAGACCGCCUGUGCUCUCCGCAACAGGCAUCAGCACUUGGGUCUUGCCAGCAAACACUGGCGUCAAGUUUGCACAGCUCAGUGGCGAUUGGAAUCUCCAUCACUUGUAUCCUUUUACGUCGCGAUUGAUUGGGUACAACCGCCCCAUCGCGCAUGGAGUCUACACCUUGGCACGGGCAACCGCCGAGCUUUUCGAGCAUCGGUACGGCGAGCAAAGUCAGGCCGAUGCGCAAAAGCGCAAGCCAACCUCGACCCAUCCCAUUCGGAUGGUGGCAGAGUUCAAGGCGCCGCUCUUCCUGCCGGCGAGUGGCGUCGAACUGCGCCAACAACUGCUGCCAGCCUCCGAGGCUGCACCAGCCACAGGCUCCAAGCAGCAGGCCGCACCUGCCGGGUUGCCAGCGUUUAUUGACGAGGAAAUCCCAGUGAAGGGGAACGCUCGGUACUGCUCGUUUGCCGUUCAGGCCGCCACUGGCGAGCCGCACCUUCGUGGGAUUGCCUAUCCACUGUAACAAAAGUUGCCAGCCAAGCUGGCUGUACAAAGCAGCGUGUGAAGUAAUCGUACCUCUUGCGAGGACUUGUUCAAUUCAACAGAAUGAAAACAACCAGCAAAUCAG